UUUCUUCAUUCGAUUUUCACAUCUGCAUCAGAUAGGACGAAAACGUGUGCUCGCUAAUUUUAUAAAAAAUAAAAUUAGAAUCAAAAUUCCAUUUUUAACUUUUUUCCGUUUGGUGCAAUCUUGUAAUUUUUAAUAAUCUUUUAAGUUAUAACCUUUUUAUCUUUUUGGAUAAAGUAUUUUUCAAUUCAAUUUGUUGAAAUACCUUACCCAAGUGUGGAAAAAUUUAUUUGAUUGUGCUAAUUUUUUUGACGAAUUCAAUAACUUCAUCUUAUAUAUAAUUUGGAAUGGCUGACGAGUGGGACGACGUAGAGCAGGAGAGUUCUGGCAAGGCUUUUGGUGGAGGUGGCGGAAGCUACAAGAAUAACGAUCAGGAAGAAUCUGGAGGAGGCUGGAAACCAGAUGCCUAUUCCAACGGCGACGACCAGGAAGAUGGCGGUGGUGGUGGCUACGGUGAUGGUGGUGGCCGAGGCAGAGGACGAGGACGUGGUCGCGGAGGCGCUCGAGGUAGAGGAGGUGGUGGUGGCCGGUACAACGGUGACGGAGGAGGAAGACGCGAAAAUGGCGAUAACGAUGAGGGCGGCUAUGGUGGUGGUGGCGGCUAUGGAGGAGGCGAUGAUUAUGGUGGUGGUGAUGAUCGCCGGGGAGGUGGACGUGGUCGAGGACGCGGCCGUGGUGGUGGCCGGGGCGGACGAGGCGGAAGAAAUGGUGAUGAUUUCAAUUCUUCCUUCAACAACAACAAAGGCGAGAAUGAAAAUGGAGAGGAAGGAGGUGAGCCACAGAAACCUCGAGAAUUCUAUAUCCCCCCAGAGCCAACAGACAAUGAAGAUGAGAUGUUUAAUCAAGGCAUCUCGACUGGAAUAAAUUUUGCCAAAUAUGAAAAAAUUCCAGUGAAGGUUUCUGGUGAAAAUCCUCCAGCAGCAUUCACUUCCUUUGAAGAAUCCGGUCUUAGAGGGCUGGUUUUGGAAAACGUCAAGAAAUCUGGCUACAAUGUGCCCACUCCGAUUCAGAAGACCUCGAUUCCUGUUGUCCUGGAUAAACGUGAUCUCAUGGCUUGUGCCCAGACUGGUUCUGGAAAAACAGCUGCUUUCCUCUUGCCAAUUAUCCAUGGACUUUUAUCUGAUAGUUCAGAUCUCUCUAUCGGAAAACCUCAAGCCUUGAUUGUCUCACCAACUAGGGAAUUGAGUAUUCAGAUUUUCAGCGAAGCCAGAAAGUUUGCCCUAGGAUCAUAUCUGAAGUUAAGCAAUGUAUAUGGUGGCACAUCAUCUAAGCACCAAGGCGAGAAUAUUGCGAAAGGUUGCCACAUUCUCAUUGCUACUCCCGGUCGUCUGCUUGAUUUCGUCGACAAGGGUUUCAUAACAUUUGAAGACACACGUUAUAUCGUCCUGGAUGAAGCUGAUCGCAUGCUAGAUAUGGGUUUCAUGGAAUCCGUUGAAAAGAUUAUGAACCAUCCAACUAUCCGUCCAAUGGAGGAACGUCAAACAUUGAUGUUUUCAGCAACAUUCCCCGAAGAAAUUCAACGAUUGGCUGGUCAAUUUUUGAAUAAUUACAUUUUCGUUGCUGUUGGUGUAGUUGGUGGAGCUUGCGCCGAUGUGAAGCAGAAGAUUUAUGAAGUUUCAAAGUUCCAAAAGAGAGCGAAGUUGCUGGAAAUAUUAAACGAAGAUCCAGAGGGUACCAUUGUCUUUGUGGAGACGAAGCGUGGAGCUGAUUUCUUAGCAUCGCUUCUAUCAGAAACCGAGUUCCCAACGACUUCCAUUCAUGGCGACCGUUUGCAGAGCCAGCGUGAAAUGGCCCUACGGGAUUUCAAGACUGGCAAAAUGAAAGUAUUGAUUGCUACUUCCGUAGCAGCUAGAGGACUUGACAUCAAAAACGUAUCUCAUGUUAUAAACUAUGAUCUGCCAAAGAGUAUCGAUGAAUAUGUUCAUCGGAUUGGCCGAACCGGGCGUGUGGGUAACGAUGGCAAAGCGACUAGCUUCUUUGAUCCCGAAUCGGACAGUGCUCUGGCAGGAGAUCUUGUGAAGAUCCUUAAGUUGGCAGAACAUGAGGUGCCCGAAUUCUUAUUGAAUGCUGGCGGUGGUGGCGGCGGAGGUGGAAACUUUGGCAACAAGUUUGGUGGCCGAGAUUUCCGUAAUAAGGGAAAUGAUAACUUCGGCAACAAUGACGGUGGUGGUGCCCCAGCUGCAUUGGAAGAAGAAGAAGAUUGGGCCUAGAUACUAUACAAAAAAAUAAUCGCUUACUUCGGGUAAUCGUACUCGUACUCCUCGUACUACUAAUAGCAAUUUUUUUUUUCUAAACUUUUGUGUAAAAAAAAAUUGAAAUUGGUAUUGUUUUUCUUUUUAUUUUAAUUCAUUAAUUAAGUAGCUUGAAGCUAUUGUUUUUGAUUUUCCUUCAUUAUUUUUAACUCUAGUUAGUGAAAGUACAAACUUUCGAUUUGUACGCGUUUUUUUUUCCUUAUAAAUACUAUUAAGUUUUUCUUUUUUAAUAACUUGGAUAGAAUUCUAAUUAAAAAUUGACAAGAAAUAUUCAUCUGUGAAACUGAUGAAGCUAUUAUAACAAUAAAACAUAAUUACAUGUAAAGUGUUAA